ACCGAGACGUUAUUUUUCAUUUUUAUACAUGACUUAUAAUCAGCGAAUGAAAUGCUGAUUAUUAUGCUUUGAAUUCGAAAAUAAUAAAAACUAUAGCUAUGAUACAAAAUAAAGACGAUCUGUAACUAUAUAGCAGUGCAUUGAUAACGUGCUCUGACUCGUUCUAAUUUUCUUUUUUAUUCAUCGUAGUAUUUCUCCGUUGUCACGGUAAACAGUCGUCGUUUUUUUCCUCCGUCGUAAAGUUUCGCGAACUGAAAAAUCUUUAAGUUUCAUUCGGCUUUCUAUACAAUUUUUAAAAUAUGGUUCUGCUCGGCGAAAUUUUUCCAAAUUUUAAAGCCUCGACGAACGUUGGAGUGAUUGAUUUUCACGAAUGGCUUGGCGAUUCCUGGGCAAUAUUGUUUUCCCAUCCGAACGAUUUUACACCAGUUUGCACUACUGAAUUAGCCAGAGUUGUCAAGUUAAUGCCAGAAUUCACGAGAUUGGGUGUGAAAACUAUUGCCAUUUCCUGCAACUCUUUAGAUUCCCACAUCCAAUGGAUUGAGGACAUAAAAAGUUAUGCCGGCUUGGCUACGGAUGGAUUUCCAUAUCCAAUAAUUGAGGAUGAGUCAAGAACUAUAGCGACAAAGCUUGGGAUGUUGGAUCCUGAUGAGCGGGACAAAGAUGGAAUUCCAUUAGCUGCUAGAGCAGUAUUUGUUAUUGACCCAAAGAAAAAGAUGAGGCUGAUGAUAUUAUACCCAGCAACAACAGGCAGAAACUUUGAAGAGAUUAUAAGAGCUAUUGAAUCCCUUCAGCUGACUGAUGCUUACAAAGUGGCGACUCCAGUGGACUGGAAGAAAGGUGAUGACGUCAUGGUCCUGCCCACAAUGUCACACGACGAGGCCCAAAAAAUGUUCAGCUCAAACAUAAAGACUCUGAAUUUGCCAUCAGGAAAGCAGUACAUGCGAUUUGUCGCACAGCCAGCAGAGGCAUGGUCCAAAAAAUAAAAACAGCAAGAAAAUAUAAACUAUACAUGUUUGAAAAUCUUCCACUCUUUUUUAUAUCUGAUUGAAACUAUUUUUGCAAACGUUGAAAUAAAACAGGGAUAAAAAAUGUCGCAAGUUUUAUUUUAUCGAAUAAUUAUAAACAACCAUUUUCUUUACGAUGAAUUCGAACGAAUUAAAAUUUCGAAACUCCCUAUUCGGAUGAGUUUAUUCGAG